AUGCUACGACUCCACCACUACUUUGCCGUAGCCUUUUUCAGUUCAAUUCUGUGCCCCAAGCCUCUGACCUCGUGCCUUCCCUGGUGCCUUUUUCAGCUACUAAUGCUAACGUUGGCGGGCAGCAGGAGUCUUGUGGCCAUCGCUGCAUUGCUUCAAGUCUUUGGGGCGAGUGCAGUCACGGUCACGGAUGUGCAGUGGAAGGCAGGACUGAUUGCUGCAGGGCGGCAAAGUUGGCUCAUUGCGAAGGUGCAAUUUGAGUUCUUGAUGAUUGCCAAGGGUGUGAAUGUGUCGAAAAGCAUGGCAAACAUGGAGGAAAGUAUCAGUCUCUUUGACUCUGGGCACAUCGUGCUCAGGGAUGGAAAUGGGCUCGACAUUGUCGAAGCACCCUCUCAGAUCAUCGUCAAUGCUCUGGGCAAUGUGCAGGCUAAGUGGUCACCGUUUAAGAAUUUUCUCCAGGACAAUGUCGCAAGCACUUCACCUGCAGUUUUGAGCACACUCGACGACAUGGGCAGCGAGUUGUACGGGUUGACACAGAUUUGCGCGUCCCGGUACGUCGAUGCCAUCAGUGAAGCGGGGGCGAGUUUUUCGGGCCUACAAGUCAAUAUUGCGAACAGGCAAAGUAUGCUCGUGGAAAAGAUGGCAGCGGAAGCAUUUCUACUACACCUUGGCGUCCGUCCGGACACCAUGUUGAACCGGAUUGUGGAGACGAGGACGUUGUUUGUUGAUGCUCAUGCUGGUCUCUUGGAAGGCCUUAACUUUGUCGGCUUGGAAGCCACCGUCAACAAAUGCAUCUCGAAAAAGAUGCGCCUUGUCACCUUUUUCUGGGACGAGUUCAAGGAGGCCAUUGACACUGUCAUCUUCGAAGAGUUGGCGAGCGGCAAGAGUCUGAAUGACAUCGUCGCCAAAAUUGCAGGCCUAAGAGCCGAAGCAGCAGCUGCGACUCUGGCCUAUGCCGAUCCGCCGCUCAGUUGCCCCACCACUAUGACACGUCGUCAGUGGCAGAUGGCGUUUGAUGUCUCCACCCGACAGCUCAUGCAUGCACAGAAAGCAUGCAGGCUUUUCCUUCAGGCUGCCAAGGGAGUGAACACCCUCGACAGCCGCAUCUUCUUCUCGAACUCAGAUGUGAGCGCGACGGCAGACCUCAAAAUGAUGAGAGAGGGCUCCGUGGCAGCAGACAUGGCUGCAGCUCCCACACAGCUGGUGUCCGAGCAGUAUGGCGUAAUGUGGCUCAGGUGGCUGAGUCUCGGAAACUUCAUGGCACAAAACAUUAACUUUGUGAGUGAUGAAGACCACAGGCUCUUGCAAAUCGUCGAGAAUAAGGGCAAGCAGUUUGUCAACUACGGCUUGGAAGCGUUGGAGAACAUUUUCACUGAGUGCAAACUGAAGGCCCCUGAGGUGAAUUGCGAAGAGCUAAAAGUCACAGGGGUUCAGCGGAUUCUCAUUCAGAAAGCAGCAUUUGAGGCAGUUCUGAUUGGCCUUGCACGGAAUGUCACGGAAAACAAGAAGGAGAUGAUCCAGACAAUUGCAAGGUUCGAAGGGUCCCAAAGUGGCUUGAUUCAUCAACAGCCGGGCCUACCCAGGACACUUGACAUCUGCAUCUUGCAGGAGAUGAAACACGUUGACGACUUGUGGACGCCGUUCAAGAGCCUCUUACUGCAGGUUCAUGAUGGUGACCACAGCGUCGCCACCUUGUUGACGAUUUGGGGAAUGACGUGGGACGCAGGAGUCGACCCCAUGUCUGCUCAGCUUACCGUGGCCAUGCGGGCAUAUGCGGACGGUCGAGGUGUGUGCACCCCGCCUCUGACGGCCUCCCGCCAGGAGUUGGAGUCUGCAAUCAAGGAAUUGGGGUUUCUCCGUGCGGGGACACAGAAAUGGGCCAAGCACGUCCUCUUGUCUGACAUCGGCAUCGACAGGGCAGAGAACAUGAACAUCUCGCAUGCAACGUUGAAGGAUCUUUCGACGCAGCUUGAGCGUGUCAUAUCAGGAGACACCUCCGCAACUCUCCCUGUGCCGAUAAUGCAAGUUGUUGUGGAUCGCCUCGUCGACCUUGCCGAAGAUUUGGCUGAUGUUCAAAGCUUGACGGUGGAUCAAUAUGCUGAUGCCAGCCUCAAUUUGCUACAGAAGUCAGAGCUAGCAAUAACUGCUUACAUAGACGCAGCUUUUGACAUGAACCGAAAUGUUCCAGGCGCCCGAUCUAGCUUAGCAAGCAGCCUGCUGAUGCUCCUCGAGAAGAUGUGUAAAGAGGCAGUCUUGGUCGGCCUUGGCAAAGAAGGGUCCGCGGCAGAGCUCGCUUCAAGCAUCAAUCGCUAUGAGACUUCUCAGCAGACCCUCAAGGCUGGGAAUUCCGCGGAAGAAUAUGCAGCUGCUGUUGCCCAGAUGAAAAUCGUUGAAUCUGCUUGGGUUGAGUUGCAACCCAAGGUACAGGCGAUUGCAUUAAGUGGAGCAGCCAGCGACAUCGCAUUGAGCGAGAUCACAUCCAAGGCAGACGCCGUGAAAGCAGCGUUGCUUCCCGCCAUUGACUUCUACUCGGUGAUGACUGUGAAGAAGACCAAGGCCCCCAUUGACAUCCUUGUGCCUCUACCGGGCCCAACCAUGAAAACAGCGAUCGGACGGGACAUCAUAAAUCAGCAACAACUGGUUUUGCCCGGCUCGGAGAGAAUUCCAGUUGGCACCGUCUACGAAAGCGGCACCAUCGAGACAGGUUGGAGUGAAGGCUUGCGGAACGAAACCUGGCUUCCAGCAUUUCCGGAGCCGGAACCGUUCCCAAUCGUGUACGUUGUAGUAUCUCUCGCAGCGGUAUGGAUGAUUUGUUGUCCCCUUCUUUUCGGAUGCCUUGCGGGUCACAAUGGAAGCUUGUCCGCUCUGUUUGCGUGGAUGCCAAAGGGCUCGCGAAGAAAAGAAGCAAAAGAAGGGGCGUGUGAGACAUUGUGA